UUUCUCUAGAAGUAGAGUAGUAUACGUGUACUACUGUAUAUGUUUCAGGAAGAGAGUAUGACAUUCUUGAAAUCUCAGUUUAAAUGCAGAUUUACCAUCUGAUUCUGGAAAACCUAAUGGGACCACAUUUCUUAGUGCCAGAAGCAAAUAUUUUUAUUUUUUUUACUUUUGCUAGUAAGAUUUUAUCCUUGAAGAUUUUAUCUGGGUAAAAAUAAAGGACACUCUUAUACCCUAGAAUUAUGGCCUGGCUGCUGGUUAGAACUUGCUUCCCCAAAAUUGCCUUUGGAAAUAAAUUUUCUUAUCAAAGCAGAGCAUGGAGCAGAGGUCCCUUGACUGCAUACAUGCCAGAAGCCACAGCUUUUCCUGGACCAAGGAAUCACCAAGAACUAUACCAGCUCUCAGUGGAUCAAGCAGAUGUAUUCUGGGGAGCGCUAGCAAGAAGCCGGCUGAUGUGGAGCACUCCUUUUCAUUCUGUUAGUGACUGUAACUUUCAGCAGGGCAAGGUGUCCUGGUUCCUUGGAGGACAGCUCAAUGUAGCAGUUAACUGUCUGGAUCGACAUGUCCACAAAAAUCCAAAUAAAGUAGCGUUAAUCUGGGAGAAAGAUGAGCCUGGGCAAGAAGACCAAAUUACAUACAGAGAAUUGCUAGAAUUGACAUGUCGACUUGGGAACACCUUAAAGAGGCAGGGAGUGAAGAAAGGUGACAGAGUCACUAUCUACAUGCCUUCCUGUCCAAUGGCUGUAGUGGCUAUGUUGGCUUGUGCCAGGAUUGGAGCAAUACACACAGUAGUAUUUGCUGGAUUCAGUUCUGUUGCAUUAGCUGACAGGAUCCAGGAUGCUCAGUCUGAAACAGUGAUCACAGUCAAUCAAGGUUUGAGAGGAGGCAAGGUUGUUGAACUAAAGCAGACAGUAGACCAGGCUGUGAAGUCUUGUCCAACAGUGAAGCGAGUUUUUGUUUCAAAAAGAACAGAUGAGAAAGUUCUCAUGUCUGAUUUAGACAUACCGCUAGAGCAGGAAAUGAUGAAAGAGAAUGUAACCUGUCAACCUGCUACCUUGGAGAGCGAAGAUUUACUAUUCCUCCUUUACACCUCAGGAAGUACUGGAAAACCCAAAGGCCUGACCCAUUCCCAGGCAGGCUACUUGCUAUAUGCUGCCCUCACACAUAAGUAUGUGUUUGACUACCACGAUGGAGAUAUUUUUAGCUGCGUUGCAGAUAUUGGUUGGAUCACAGGUCACAGUUAUGUGGUAUAUGGACCUUUAUGUAAUGGAGGAACUACAGUCCUUUUUGAGAGUACUCCAGUGUAUCCUAAUCCAGGGCGUUAUUGGGAAACUGUGGAGAGGUUAAAGAUAAAUCAGUUUUAUGGAGCCCCAACAGCAAUUCGCCUUCUUCUUAAAUACGGAGAUAACUGGGUAAAGAAAUAUGACAGGUCUUCCCUCAAAAUUCUUGGAUCAGUGGGAGAACCUAUCAAUUCAGAAGCCUGGGAGUGGUACUUCAAUGUGGUUGGAGAUAGAAAGUGUCCUGUAGUUGAUACAUGGUGGCAAACUGAAACAGGAGGCAUCUGUAUUGCUCCUCGACCUUCAAACCCUGAAGAUGAGAUUGUUCCAGCUAUGGCCAUGAGGCCAUUCUUUGGCAUCAGACCUUCUCUUCUAGAUGAUAAAGGAAAAGUCUUAACACAGAAUGAUGUCUCUGGAGCCCUCUGUAUUUCUCAGGCUUGGCCAGGCAUGGCAAGAUCUAUUUACAAUGAUCACCAGCGUUUUCUGGAGACCUACCUAAUGCCUUACCCAGGAUAUUUCUUCACUGGAGAUGGGGCCUACCGGACAAGUCAAGGAUAUUACCAGUUGACAGGCCGCCUGGAUGAUGUCAUCAACAUCAGUGGGCAUAGGCUAGGCACUGCUGAAAUAGAAGAUGUUAUGAAUAAACAUGAGGCAGUGGCAGAGUCAGCUGUGAUUGGAUAUCCUCAUAAAAUCAAAGGCGAAGGGGCCUAUGCAUUCAUUGUGCUGAAAAAAGGCUUUAAACUGUCCCAAGAAAACCUGACCUCUGAACUCGGAAGCCUUGUUUCAAAAGAGAUAGCAAAAUAUGCAGCACCAGACCAUAUUCAGGUAGCUCGGCACCUGCCUAAGACUCGUUCGGGGAAAAUUAUGCGGAGGGUUCUGAAGAAGAUUGUAGAAAACAAAGCAGAUGAACUUGGAGAUCUGACAACUCUGGAUGAUCAUGACACAGUGAAAGAGAUAAUUGAGGGACACAAGAAACUUCUGCAGAAAGACCAAGAUCAGUAGCCCAAAUAUCUUGGCCCUCAAGAAGCAACAAUGAGAAGAAUACUGUGGCAACAGCAGUCUUUGUACUCCUAAAAUCCUUUGCAGAACCAAAAGGGAAGCUUAUUCAUUACUGACAAAAACUUAUCUUAAUAAAUGGGAAGAAUAUAACUCUUACGUAAUAGCUGAAGAGUAUGCUGUUUAAUAUUCUAUACCACAUUCACUACUUAUCCAAACCACUCCUGGAUGAUUCACCAUUUGCUCCAAGGUUUAUGUAUUAGACAAUUAAGACCCUAUCUCUGAGCAACUAAAGUCUGCUGGGAGGAAAACCUCAAACUUUAAGGAAAAAUUGCUAUGUUUAAAUACAUUUAUAGAGGAUCUUUACAUAAUAUCGAACUUUAGAGAAUAAAAGAAUGCUUUGGAUUUCAUUAGAAGAUUUGGGGGAGCUUUUCAAAAGAAAAAGGAGGAUGUAUAAUUUAAAAAACGUAACACAACAUGUAAAAGAUAAGUAACAUAUUUCUUCCUCCUGCCCAUCUUAUAAUAGCUUCAUUCUGGAUUUUAAAGCAAUAUAACAAUUUUUUUCAA